UUAACGGAUUUGUUUAUGUUUUCAAACGUUGGUAGUGAUUAUUUAUUGGGAAACAUUUUUAGAAAAACCAAUUUUCUAUAAAGUAUUAAAUUAUAAUCAAAAUUUGAUUAUAGAUUUUAAAAUUAAUCGGUAUUAAACCAAUUUAAAUUCAAUGAAAACCGAAACAAAGAUGUCUACAAAGACCACAUCAAUUGAUGCUCGUGGAGAACUAGCAGAAUUAGUUAAACGAAAAGCAGAAAUUUCUGAGACAUUGGCAAAUUUAGAACGACAAAUAUAUGCUUUCGAAGGUUCGUAUUUAGAAGACACGCAGCUCUACGGUAAUAUUAUCAGGGGAUGGGAUAGAUACUUAUCCAGCAAUAAAACGACAAAUGCGAAAUCUGAUAAACGAAAUAGAAAGUUUAAGGAAGCAGAAAGAUUGUUCUCGAAAUCGUCCAUAACCUCAAUGGCAGCUGUGAGCGGACUUAUAGAUCCCAACCAAGAAAAAUCUGAACGGCAAAGUGAUACCGAAUCACAAACAAAUGAAGAUUCAAGUGACACAAAUUCAGCAAUGCCCACUACAAAUCACGUGGACUCCACCUUAAAGGGUACAGGAAAACACUCGACAAAUUCGUCAACGUCGUUUAGUUCAAAUGGUACACAAAAUCAGAAUGGACUAGACAGAUCGAGUCCGGCAAGGGAUGAAUCUGCUAAACAGAAGAAUUUUAGUAAUAGUGCAAAAAAGAAUAAUAGUAAAAAAGCGCGGCAUAGAUAAGUGUGGUGAAAGUUACCAUUGACAUAAGUUAAUGUUAGAAUGUGGUUUGCGUAGUCUUUUAAGAAAUAUUUGAAUUAUGUACAAAUUUUAUUCUCUUUUUCUAAAUCUCGUACCAUGCAAUGCCAAGGAGUUCGAUCUUUUUUUACAUACCUAGCUCUACCUUUGAUUCACAAUAAAAUGUGUAAUAAAUUUUUGUUUUAUUUACA